AUGGAGUCUAGUUCGAAACGGCGCAAGCUCGAUCAUUCCGGCUCCGGUCUGAGACACGAUGGUCUCAUCGACUUUGAGGCCAGGAGCUCGGCGCGAGUCUCAACUGCCAGCACCUUCGUCCUCCAAACCGAUGAGCUUCUCAAGGAAGCAAAACUCGACUAUGCCAAGGCAUUGAAGGGUGUUGAUGCGCAUCUGCAUCGCUUGAAGGAGGCUAUCGACUCUGCACCUCCUCACGAUGCUGUGCCUAUUGCUGAAGCUACAGCCAGCUUCGAGAAGAAACACCGCGUCGUUGUUCCCUAUCCCGAGCCGAGACCCGCCAAGGAUGCGCCUUACAAGCUAUCAUUUGCCAAACCAGCUCAGUACAAUGUCGUCGGCAGCUACGUCGCAAAGACCAUGAUCAAGACCCAGGCCCAAUUCGGCAUCGACAUGGUCAUCCAGAUGCCCAAGGCCAUGUUCCAGGAAAAGGACUACACAAGCAUGCGAUACUUUUACCGCCGAGCCUAUUACAUUGCAUAUGUCGCUGCGCACGUCAAGAAAGAGCUGGGUACAGAGAUGGACCUUGGUUUUGAACUUCUCAAUGAGAAUCCUCUCCUGCCCGUGCUCACUCUCCGACCCAAGCCCGAGGAAGAGGAGGAGCCCAAGGAGUCAAAGGGCAAGGCUUCUAAGAAAAAGGCAAAGGCACCAAAGUCACCCUAUGUCAUUCGAGUUAUUCCUUGCGCCCCUGAUGGACUCUUCCCCAAGUCAAAGCUCCUCGCGGCCUCGAACAACAACAAGAGCGGCGAAACCGACGACAAGAAGACCCAAUUGAGCACCCCCUUCUACAACUCUACCCUCAAGGCAGAGGAGACAUUCAUCUCAUACCUGCGAGUUCUCACACACGCCAAGAACGAGUGCCCAGCUUUCCCUGAUGCCUGUGUCCUCGGCAGGAUCUGGCUGCAGCAAAGAGGUUUUGGAAGCUCCGUUUCUCAGGGUGGCUUUGGACAUUUUGAGUGGUCGGUAAUGAUCGCUCUCUUGCUUCAAAUGGGCGGUCGAAACGGUCAAGCAGCACUGUCGACGUCGUUGAGCAGCACCGAGUUGUUCAAGGCUGCUGUUCAGUUCCUUUCAACCACAGACUUCAACAAGAAGGCAUUUGUCUUUGGAUCUUCCAAGAUAAGCCCUGAUACUGUCAAAGAGUCUGGUCCGGUCAUGUACGACCCGGUGCGAGAGCUUAAUGUUCUGUCCAAGAUGAGCCCCUGGUCAGCGAGUCUUUUGCAGAUGCACGCCAAGUCGACCACCGAUCUUCUCGCAGAUGAAGCCGCCGACAAGUUUGAGCCGACUUUUAUUGUCAAGUCGGAUGCACCUCUACAGACCUUUGACGCCAUAUUCGAGAUCAAGACUCAGGAUAUUUCCAAGGCCGCCAAGUCCCCUGACCGAAGAGGGCCUGCCUGGGAUUUCAGCCUGGAGGCGCACAAGAUUCUCAAGAAGGCCUAUGGCACUCGGGCCCAGCUCGUGCAUUUCCAGCUGCCCUCGAGAAAGGGGUGGUCAUUGAGCUCCUUCCACCCUUCAGAUUCGGAUAAGGUCCUUUUUGGGGUCAUGUUUGAAUUUGCUCAGAUGUCUCGCCAAAUGGAGCAUGGUCCUCCCGCAGAGGAGCAAAAGGACGCUGCGCGAUUCCGGCAAUUCUGGGGUGAGAAGGCUGAGCUGCGCAGGUUCAAGGAUGGAAGUAUCCUCGAGUGUAUCGAGUGGACGAGCAAGGCCCCUUUCCAGAUUUGUGAGGAGAUUACUGCCCAUAUCUUGAAGCGACACCUCAAGAUUGUCAAGGAGGAGAUUACUCCCUUUGGCGCGGGUUUCUCUAACGUCAUCACCUUGUCUCACAUGGAUAAGGAGGCAUUUGAUGCAGCUCGACGGGCGUUCCAGACUCUUGAGCAUGAUAUCCGGAAUCUAGAGGACCUGCCACUGCAGAUCCGACAGCUUUCGCCAGUCUCGCCAGCCGCUCGCUAUGCCUCGAUCGACGCCCCGAUGCCUGGGUUCCACCAGGGAACUAUUGAGCCUAUCGAUGUGAACCUCUAUUUCGAGGCCUCAAGCCGAUGGCCAGAGAACCUCAUUGCGAUCCAGGAGGCCAAAAUUGAGUUCCUUCUCGACUUUGACAGGCGACUCACCUCUGCCAAGGACAACAUCACAACCUAUCUCGGUCGAGAGAACCAGGAGAUUGGCAUUGAAAACCUGGCUUAUCUCGAUAUCGUGUAUGACUCUGGUGCAUCCUUCCGAUUGAGAAUUCACUGCGACUUGGAGGAGACCUUGUUGGAGCGUCAGAUUAAGAACAAGACCCUGGACCAACAUGUUCGUGAAGAGUCGGAAGCUGCUUUCGCCAGGUUUAACUGGCUUUUCACAACCCUGCCUAUUCAUACGCAAACCAUCUCAACUUUCUGCACGAGACUUCACUCUCUAUCGCAGACCAUUCGCCUGGUUAAGCACUGGUUCAAUUGCCACAAGCUUUCGGGUCACAUCAGUGAGGAGCUUAUUGAGCUCUUUGUUCUGCACGUUUUCCUCCAGCCUUACCCCUGGCGGGCACCCUCAAGUGUUUCGACUGGCUUCCUACGAACUCUGACCUUCCUCUCCCGCUGGGACUGGCGUGAUGAGCCCUUGAUUGUCGACUCGGCUGAGGAGCUGACCAACGAUGAUCGUUCCACGAUUCACAAAGAGCUUGAAACAUGGCGGAAGCGAGACCCUAACAUGAACCACACCGUCAUGAUCGUUGCAACCUCCAAUGAUCCUUCUGGCCUUGCGUACACUCGCAACGGCCCCUCCAAGCUCAUCGCCUCGCGCAUGACACGCCUUGCCAAGGCUGCUUGCAAACUUGUUAAGGAUGAGGGGUACCAUCUUGAUGUCUCUCAGCUCUUUGACACCUCCCUUGAGGACUACGAUGUCCUCUUCCAUCUCUCCCGCAAGGCCAUUCGCUCCAUUCUCCGAGAAGCUGCUUCUGACCCAUCUGCCCGCCGCCACUCCCAAUUCAAGAACCUCGAUGAUCGCACGGGUCGCGCACCUCUACCUAUCCGAGCUCAUCCUGUCGAUGUUCUCAUGCAGGAGCUACAGCGUGCGUACGAGGACACGCUCGUGUUCUUCCGGGGGACGAACAAUGGCGAGGAUGAUGACGCCGUUAUUGGCGCCAUCUGGAACCCGAAGCUGCAACAGCAAAAGUUCCGCGUUGGUCUGCCAUACAACUUUAACAAGGUUGCCGGCGAGGAUGACGACGUUGUCGAGGUAAACCGCAAGGCGGUGCUAUUGGAGAUUGCGAGGUUGGGUGGCGAAGUGAUCAAGAAGAUUGAGGAGGUUGAGUAG